AUGGGCUCUUGCGGCAGCAAGCCAACCGGGGAGGAGGAGCCUGUGGGCCGCUGGACGGAGCCGAACGCGCCGAAGCAGACCGGGGAGGUGGAGGCUGUGGAUCACCGCUGGACGGAGCCGAACGCGCCGAACCGUGAGGCGUUCGAGAGCGGCGAGCUUCUGCACGAGCCACCGCAGUUCGUCCACUUUGACCCUGUGAAGAACGAGGCGAGGCCGCUGCUCAUCAAGGAGAUCAAGCUGCCCCGCGCGACUCAAACGCACGAGGUCUGCUACGAGCCGUCGACGCGGUGCGUCUUUGUGUCGCAGAUGAGCAACUCGACGCUGGUGCGGAUCCCGGUCGACGAGCGCGGCGUGCUGGUGGACGACCAGGACGCAUGGAGGAUGGGCGAAUGCGACGCUGCGACGGGUGCUGGCAUCUCCGGCCUGCACAACAUCUCUCCCUCAAAGGCGCACCCGGGCUGUCUCUGGAUGACGCUGCAGUAUGCAAACGAGCUGCUCCUCGUCGAUGUGCGCGGAGAGCACCCGCUGCGCAUUCGGCAGGUCCUCAAGGUGCCUACGCUCUGCACCGAUCCCGCCACCGGCGAGACCCAGCGCGUCGGUGGGCCGCACUGCAUGCGCGAGUGUCCGAUCUCCGGCGAGCUGUGGGACACGCCCUGCCGCUCGCGCGGCCGCGGCGGCCGCAGCUCGUGCUGCGACCCGGACGCAAACGAGACAAACAUGGCGGAGCUCGCGCGGCGAGGCCACGACACGCCCCUCCCCGACGGGUGGGCGGUGUGGCGCGUGGCGCCGAGCGAGUACGACCCGAGCGCCAAGGGCGGUCAGGGCAAGGGCGGCAGGCUCUACCCGUGCCUCACCUCGCCGCCGAUGCUCGACUUCGACUCGCUCGGCAACGUCUACGUCCCGCAGGACGGGGUCGACACGGUCCCCUUCCCGGCGAGCGGCGCGACGCCGCGCAUCACAGGCCCCGCCGUCGCGAGACAGUGGCUCUACGCCUUCGGCGGGCCGCCCUGGUGCAAGACGAUCCGCCUGAUCCACCUCGCCUUUGGCAGCGGCGGCCGCGGAAACUUCAUCUACGCGCUUGCUUCGGACCUCCUCGAGGACGAGGUGUGGUCGGCGGAGAGCUGGGCGCGCUGCCUCGGCCGACGGGUCAUCCCGCUGCCGACGCAAGACUGCUCGUGCCACCGCAUCGCCGUGGUCGACGCGGGCCCUAACCUCGGAGGGGACGGGCGCUCGAUCGUCAUCACCGAGCUCGCCUCGUCAAAGCUGUUGCAGGCCCGAGAUAUACGCACAGUCGAGUUGCGCCACCUGGUCGACUUCCAGCCGCUCGACGAGUCGGUCUCGACCGACGCGGACGGUUUCGUGGUGCACAGCUACACGACGGGUGAGUCCGAGGCCGGCCACAAUUGCUGAGCGCCGGCCUCGUCCUGGGUCCCAAAGAGCGGGAGGGAGCGCCAGAGGCUCCGCCACAGCAUCACGCCGGUGGCGGUAGCGAGGGCGUGCGAGGAGCGAGGAGGAGAAAGAGGACGAGAUCGUGUGGCGGCGAAGAGAAAGCUCGAGAGAGAUAGCGGCACGGAGGCGGCUAACUAAGGUAGGAAAGGGGUGGGGUAAGGUGUGUGGACCGUGAGCCGAGGGUUUCCUCGGGCGCCUCCUUCUAUGAACGAUGGGAGCUUCUGUGUCCCCUAGCCAAUGAAAGGAAGCUAGAGCCGU